ACCGUGCGUACAACAGCAGAAGUUGCGUAGUAACAGCAGCAGGAAGGCGUCAGCUCUGCCCUCCUCGCUCCUGCAGAGCGCCCAGAAGAGCGAGACCUUGUCUCGACUGUCAAAAUGGAGCUUGACAUGCAGUGUGAGGAGAUAAGCCCAUCUAGAUGGGCUGAACUUCUGCCCACAAUGAAGUCCUGCAAAAGCAUCAGGCUGGAUGACUGCAAUCUCUCCAGCAGUCACUGUGAGGAUCUCUCCUCCAUCAUUAGUAUGAAUCCAGUCCUCGCGGAGCUGAAGCUGAGCAACAAUGAGAUGGGAGAUGCAGGCAUCGAGUACCUGUGUAAAGGGUUGCUGACGCCAAGCUGUAGCCUACAGAAGUUAUGGCUGCAAAACUGCAAUCUGACAGGUGCCAGCUGUGAGACCCUCCGUGCUGUCCUCAGCACGCAGCCUUCCCUGACGGAGCUGCGCAUUGGUGACAACAGACUGGGAACCGCUGGAGUCAAGGUGCUUUGUCAAGGGAUGAUGAGCCCCAGCUGUAAGCUGCAGAAGCUGCAGUUGGACUACUGCGAACUCACAGCUGAUGUUGUGGAAGCUCUCAAUGCUGCUCUGCAAAGCAAGCCCACCCUGAAGGAGCUCAGCCUGAGUAACAACACGCUGGGAGAUACAGCUACAAAGCAGCUGUGCCGGGGGCUGGUGGAGUCAAGCUGCAACCUAGAGUUAUUACACCUGGAGAACUGCGGCAUCACCAGUGAUAGCUGUCAGGAGAUUAGCGCUGUUCUCAGUAGCAUGUCAUCACUGAGAGAGAUCUCUGUGGGGGAUAACAAGAUUGGGGACUCUGGUCUGGCUCUCCUCUGCCAAGGACUGAUGCAUCCGAACUGCAAAAUCGAGAAGCUAUGGUUAUGGGACUGUGAUCUCACAAGUGCUGGAUGUAAAUAUCUCUCCAAACUCAUUAGUACAAAAGAGACCCUCGCAGAGUUGAGUCUGAUAGACAAUAACCUGAGAGACUCGGGCAUGGAAAUGCUGUGUCAGGCACUGAAGGAUCCCGAGUGUAAACUCCAGGAGCUAUGGCUUAGGGAGUGCGGGCUCACGACUGCUUGCUGCAAGGCCGUCAGCUCUGCUCUCAGCACAAACAAGCACCUGAAAGUACUGCACAUGGGCGAGAACAAGUUGGGAGACGCAGGCGUUGAACUCUUGUGUCAGGGGCUGCUGCACCCCAACUGCAGCAUCCAUACCCUAUGGCUGGGCAACUGUGAUAUCACGUCAGCCUGCUGUGAAACCCUGACCACCAUCAUGACUAGCAAGCCGUGCCUUACCGAGCUGGAGCUGAGCCAAAACCCUCUGGACGAUGAAGGCGUCAGGAAGCUCAGCAAAGCCUUGCUGAAUCCCAGCUGCAAUCUGCAGCACUUAAUUUUGUAUGACAUUUACUGGAGUUCUGAAGUGGAUGAUGAACUCAGAGCCGUGGAGGAGUCCAAGCCUGAAGUGAAGAUCAUUUCAUGAGUGGUGACUACCUGCGGAGCAACAUCAAACCAACGUCCUCUUCUUAAUCUGAACUUUUUCAUAUAUAAAGCUGAUUAACUUAAUAGAUAAUUUGCUUGUACCAAAAAUGUCUGUGGAAUCCCUGAGUGGGUGUCUGGGGAGCUGAUCGACCUCCUGUGCAUCUCUCGAUGUAUUGAUUCCGAGGCUGGUGAAAGCACUGUACGCUCUCACAGCAGCUUUUCUAUCCUUGAAAUAAAGUUACUGGGCAGCUUCUAGAA